CUCCAGGAUAUCCGGCCUGGCCCCGCCUCUCGGCCGCCGGUAGCAUGGCGCUGUGUGAGGCGGUGUCUUGCGGGAGCUCGCUGCUCUGGCCUCGGGUGUUGCUCUUCGGAGACUCCAUCACCCAGUUUUCUUUCCAGCAGGGUGGAUGGGGAGCAUCACUGGCUGACAAGCUGGUCAGAAAGUGCGAUGUUCUGAAUCGUGGAUUUUCAGGUUAUAACACCAGAUGGGCCAAAAUUAUCCUCCCAAGACUAAUCAGGAAAGGGACCAGUUUGGACACCCCAGUAGCAGUUACAAUCUUCUUUGGUGCCAAUGACAGUGCACUAAAAGACGAGAACCCCAAGCAGCACGUCCCCCUGGAGGAGUACGUUGCGAACUUGAAGAGCAUGGUGCAGUACCUGAAGUCCGUGGACGUGCCUGAGAGCAGGCUCGUCCUCAUCACACCGUCCCCGCUCUGUGAGGCCGCGUGGGAACAGGAGUGCCUCCAGCAAGGUUGCAAAUUAAAUCGCCUGAACAUGGUUGUUGGUGAAUAUGCCAGGGCCUGCUUACAAGUAGCCCAAGACUGUGGGAUUGACGCACUUGACCUGUGGACCCUGAUGCAGAAGGACGGUCAGGACUUUUCUUCCUAUCUGUCAGAUGGACUACAUUUAUCACCAAAAGGAAAUGAGUUUUUGUUCACCCAUCUUUGGCCACUGAUAGAGAAGAGAGUCUCUUCCCUGCCUCUGCUGCUCCCUUACUGGCGAGACGUGGCAGAAGCCAAACCGGAACUCAGCCUCCUGGGGGACGGAGACCAUUAGUCCCCGGAAACCAAGCCCGGCCGUUAACCUGCAGAACAGGACGUCGCCAGCACACAGAGGUCCCAAGAGAAGCAGUCAAAGUAUUUUCUUCUCAUGUUUAAACCUUUGCUCAUGACCCUGGAACACAAAUCACUAACAUCUGCCACCAAGGUUAAUAAAAGCAUUAGAAGUUUCA